CCACUAAGAGCUCAGCCCUGGGCGCGAGACCCGGUGCCUGCGGUGCAGACUACCUCUCCCGCCUCGGGCACGCUCCAGCCUGCGCGCUCCCGCGGUCCCGCGCACUCCCGCUGCUUCUUGCUCUGCGCCGCACCGCACAGGCACCCGCUCUGGGAGCUCGCUGCCGGGGCCCUGGCGUGCAGAGAGGGCCUCGGCGGGGCCCAGCGGCGGGGCCCGGGAGGAUGCGGUCCGGGGCGGCCCGAGAGCUGAGCAGGGUCCCCGCGCCAGCCCCGAGCGGUCCCGGCCUUGGAAGCCGCAGCCGCCGCCCCGCCCCCGGGAGACAUGACUUCCAAGCCGCAUUCCGACUGGAUUCCCUACAGUGUCCUAGAUGAUGAGGGCAGCAACCUGAGGCAGCAGAAGCUUGACCGGCAGCGGGCCCUGUUGGAGCAGAAGCAGAAGAAGAAGCGCCAGGAGCCCCUGAUGGUGCAAGCCAAUGCAGACGGGCGACCCCGGAGCAGGCGGGCCCGGCAAUCAGAGGAGCAAGCGCCCCUGGUGGAGUCCUACCUCAGCAGCAGUGGCAGCACCAGCUACCAAGUUCAAGAGGCCGACUCGCUUGCCAGUGUGCAACUGGGAGCCACCCGUCCACCAGCACCAGCCUCAGCCAAGAAAACUAAGGCAGCAGCUGCAUCGGGGGGCCAGGGUGGGGCCCCUAGGAAGGAGAAGAAGGGAAAGCAUAAAGGCACCAGCGGGCCAACAACUCUGGCAGAAGACAAGUCUGAGGCCCAAGGCCCAGUGCAGAUCCUGACUGUGGGACAGUCAGACCACGCCAAGGAUGCAGGGGAGACAGCAGCCGGUGGGGGCACACGGCCCAGCGGGCAGGACCUCCGUGCCACGAUGCAGAGGAAGGGCAUCUCCAGCAGCAUGAGCUUUGAUGAGGAAGAGGAGGAGGAUGAAAACAGCUCUAGCUCCUCCCAGCUAAACAGCAACACCCGCCCUAGCUCUGCCACCAGCAGAAAGUCCGUCAAGGAGGCAGCCUCAGCCCCCAGCCCAGCAGCCCCAGAGCCACCAGUGGAGAUUGAGGUCCAGGAUCUAGAGGAGUUUGCUCUGAGGCCAGCCCCACAGGGGAUCACUGUCAAAUGCCGCAUCACUCGGGACAAGAAGGGGAUGGACCGGGGCAUGUACCCCACCUACUUUCUGCAUUUAGACCGUGAGGACGGCAAGAAGGUAUUCCUCCUGGCGGGAAGGAAGAGAAAGAAGAGCAAAACUUCCAAUUACCUCAUCUCUGUGGACCCGACAGACUUGUCUCGGGGAGGCGACAGCUAUAUUGGGAAAUUGCGGUCCAACCUGAUGGGCACCAAGUUCACUGUUUAUGACAAUGGCAUCAACCCUCAGAAGGCAUCAUCUUCUACGCUGGAAAGUGGAACUUUGCGCCAGGAGCUGGCAGCUGUGUGCUAUGAGACAAAUGUCCUAGGCUUCAAGGGACCUCGGAAGAUGAGUGUGAUUGUCCCAGGCAUGAACAUGGUUCAUGAGAGAGUCUGUAUCCGUCCCCGCAACGAGCAUGAGACACUGCUAGCACGCUGGCAGAACAAGAACACAGAGACCAUCAUUGAGCUGCAAAACAAGACCCCAGUCUGGAAUGAUGACACACAGUCCUAUGUACUCAACUUCCAUGGGCGCGUCACACAGGCUUCUGUGAAGAACUUCCAGAUCAUCCACGGCAAUGACCCGGACUACAUCGUCAUGCAGUUUGGCCGGGUAGCAGAAGAUGUAUUCACCAUGGAUUACAACUACCCACUGUGUGCACUGCAGGCCUUUGCCAUUGCAUUGUCCAGCUUUGACAGCAAGCUGGCCUGCGAGUAGAGGCCUCCUCUGCCUUUAGGGUGGCCCGGUCUGAAGUGGAGCUUGCCUGCCCGCUGAGACAGCUCUGCCUCCCCUGUUAAUAGGCCCUCAGAGGGCUUUCUGGCCUUACCAACCAGAAACUGGCGCUCUGCCUCUGCUGCUGAAGCAGGGGGAUAGCAAAUGGGUAUGAAGGGAAAAGAGUAUUUCUGUGCCCCAAGGUCAACACACAUAACCAAUCUUGGGUCAGUCCCCUGCCACAGUUGUGUUUACCACACGGGGUAGCCUCUUCAGCUGGAGGUACAGUGGAAGGGGAAGCACAGGCAGGGCUGCUGUGGCCCAGCCAUCCACUUCAGCCUACAAGUCAGAGGACAACGGGUAUCCCAGGAGUGCAUGCGUAUGUAUAGGGCACGUAGCUUUAUGUGGCGAAGGGCCUGGUGGUCAGCAGAAAGUACUCCCACCUCAGAAGGGAUCAUCAGGCCUAAGGGAAGUUGGGAGUGGGGCUAGGUGAGUGGCAGGACCCUGCUAGGCUUUCAGGGGACUGGCUGUGCAAAUUAGCUGGCGGCUUAGAGUGGUAGCUCAUUGGUUGCUUCCAGAAGCAAGAACCCAGCUCUCAAGGCCAAAUAUCUGAGUGGAUGGGGGUUACAGGAGUCAUCCAGUAGGCUCCCCUACAGUAGGGCUCUCCGAUGUUGAACAGCCCCAGCACAACUCCUAGGACACACGUGUAGGGUAGAGGUUACCGUGCUUCAGGAAGAAUGUCCUCUCCGGAAGACCCAGCUCCCAUUGUGGCCAGCAUGCCCAGAGCACUGAGGGCAAUCUUAGGGGGAAUGGAACGUGGUAUUUUAGGGCCACCAGCACUCAGAGGUGGUAUGGCUCAUCAAAAGCAAUGCUCAUCCCUGAGAACAUGGGACUUGUCUCUUGGUUACCUAACUGGUUAACGGCAGAGUUCAGAACCUCAAGUUCCUUUGUUCCUACUGUUACCCAGAAAUUAGACCCUGGCCUUCUGUGGUCCAUUCUGCAUACCCUUUCCCUUCCCAUUUCCAGAGACUUAGGACCUCGGAGUCAAUAUCUAAGAUUGAAAACCUUUCAGUAGGGCAUCAGGCAGUUCCCUGUUGAAAGCUGUCUGUUUGGAUCUGACCUGUGCCUGGCCCUCUCUGAGGGCUUCAAGCUGUGCACAGACCUCAGCAGGGCCACUGCACACUUUCUGUGUAGAUGUGGUUGGCAGCCUGGGUUCAUUCCCUCCACUGCCACUCUUCCUUGGAUGGCACCACUCAUCUGGUGGGCUUGGGAAGCAAAGAACUUUUAGACAUUGCUUUAAAACAGAUAUGCUCAGAACGGCUAAGUAGAAACUAAAAAAGUAAAGUUAUACUUUGAAUAUGUAAAUGAGGCUCUAAGGCAAGGAAGCUGGAUUGAAGUCAAUGGAAACAUUACUUAUGAAAAAACCCCUGGAUUUUCCUAUUUCCUUCUAAGCAAGGUACAACUGCUAUAGCAGGACCUGACACACCUGAGCCAUACAUUUCCAUGAGAGGACCUUCCAGUAAGUUAGCCUUUUGUUUACAGUCUAGUGUCUUGAGCGCACCAGGACUUCUGUGCUGGGGCUGGCCUAGCUCCUGAAAGAUUACAGUGCCAUCUGUCCCCUCCCUCCCUUUCGUGAUAAGGAGAAAUCUGAUGUUAGAGUGGUAGGAACCAGAUCUUCAUUCUAGUCAAGCUCUUUCUCUGGGAUGACAGUUUUAAGGUUGAACAGGCUGAUUCUGGAGUAUAGUGUCGAAGAGACCCUGGUGGUAGCGGUGAAACUGGAAGCACAAUGGAAAACUCUUUGCCUCCGCUCUCUGCUUUAGCACACAAAAGAGGGUGUUGGCUACCUGAAUAUAAAUUGGUUGCACCAGGAAAUAGGCCCACUGUGGAGAAAGGUAGCCUCAGCACAAGACCCGUUGUUGGGCACUGAGUGACAAGAGCAGUUGAGUCACCUGCUUCAGACCAGCCUUGGGACUCGGCUCCUGGUGACAUUGCCUUUUCUUGAGCACAGGCCCAUGGACCUCAACCACCAGGGCCCUGGGGUCCCCUGGGUUCAGCCUCUCCCAUAGUAACGUUUUCUUACCUUUCACACCCUCUCCUCCUAGCUGGUCCUUGGCUAGGCAGCACAUUGAUGGUGGGAUGAGUGAACAGUCUGUAAAUGUGGGGCAGCUGGAACCUUAGGCAGCUCCUCUGUAUGCUACUGGCUCUCUACCCUAAAACUCUCCACCCUCUGCUCCAAAACACUUCCUCUGCAGAGUGGUGAUGUUAGCUUCCCCAAGUCCGAGUCUCGCUUUUUCUGUCCUUCUGGCUCCAAGGUGCUCUGUGUCUGUGUGUGUGUGUGUGUGUAUGUAUGUGUGUGUGCGUGUGCACAUGUGUCUGGAGGAAAGGGCAAUCUGCAAUCAACCAACAGAAGUUUAAGAUUAUGUUUGAGUAGGAAAAAAAGGAGGCAGUUGUGACCACUGUGGAUUCUGUCCCUUCUUUCCGUGCUUUCUUCCAUGGUCCCAAGCAGGAGACUAUCAAGGAAAUGUAGGGUCGGUCUCACUGGAGGAGGAGCUGAGAUGGUGUAGUGAUGGUGCCUUAACAAUCUUGACACUAAGAGGAAGCAGGUCAGGUUCAUGCCUAUGGGAAGACAGGUGUUGGGAGCCAAGAUGUGUGAUGACAGGCUGGAAGAGAACUUCUGGUAAACCUCCCUUCUUCAUUGAUGAGCAACAACAUUGUAGAAGUGGUUUAUUUUUUCCUUCUUUUUGGAAAUGGCAAGGUAUUUGCCUCCAAACUUUAUUUAGAAGUAGAGCAGUUCUAAGUGUGAGCAUAGGGUCGACUGCUCUGAUGGGGUCUGCAGGGAGGAGCUACUUCCACAGCUCUGCUCUGCAAGCACAACACCCAUCUCCUUAGUGAACAGCCUGCCUUCCCCUCAGUAACAGCCCUGGCCUUCCCUUCUCUGUACUCCUUGCCCCAGCUGUGAUACCCUCAUGGGACUGCAGGAUGCCAGGUGCCAUCAAAACAUGCUUUCUGUGGUGCCUGGCACUGUGACUGGGGCCCAACUGCCCUGCAGAGUUGGGACCUUACACUGCCCUAGGCUCUGGCUAGUAGACCCGCUCUAGUCUCCAGAACAGGCCAUGGGAUGGAUUCUUACUUUAGUUUUUGGCCACCUGCCCUUAUUCACUUCCAGCUUGCAAUUUUCUGUCAUUUCAAGAUCUUAAGUACUGGGAUGCAUUUGGGUUUUCAGCACAGAGGUAACUUGGUCCAGGAGUAUACAACUGCAUUUAUAGCAGCUAGCACAUUUGAGCAAACUACAUAUUCCUGUGUCUGUCUCUUUACCUGCAAGAUAAAGAUGCAGGCCUGUCAAAGCUUGGUUAGCGAAGGUUACCCCUUGAUCUCAUCACUACCUUUCCUAGCUCAUCACUGUGCCUUCUUUCUUCCCAAAGAAAGAUACUGCACCCCUCUCCUCUGUUCUCCUCCCCCUCCUCCCCCACUAAGGUCCAGGUAGAGCUGGAGAUGAGGCUAAAAUUUAGGGUCUUCUAUAGAGCACCUCAGAGUAGCAUACAAGGGGAAGCCCAGCUCCAGCUUGGUGAGGACAGGCAGCAUUUCUCUUGCUGGGAGCACACUUAGCCAGUUUUCACAACGCCUAGAACAUGUAUGUCGAUUUGUCGAUUUGCACAUGAUUGUCUUUUCCUAUUUUGGAGUUGUCAGACAUUUUAUUUUUGUUUAAAAUUAUCUGGAGUUUUAGACAAACUUGCAAAACUGUGCUUUUAUUAAGUGACUUUUUGAAUAAACUUUUUGGUAUUCUGAAGCAAAUGUAUUUAUUUAUUGUAUGUGCAAUGACAAACUUGGUAUUUUCCCAUAAUGGCAUUAUGUAUGUUGUAGAAUGUAGUGUUUGUCUAAAUACAGACAUGUAUCAACACAUUAAACUUGAA